CUCGGCAGCACCAGGAGGACGUCGCUGCUAUAAAAGCCCCACCCAGGCCUGCCGCCUGAGCUCUGCUUCUAGGGACACUCACGGCUCUCCGCGCUUGGCCCAGCUGCUUUCAAAAUGUCUACUGUUCACGAAAUUCUGAGCAAGCUCAGCUUGGAGGGUGAUCACUCCACACCUGCAAACGCCUACGGGUCGGUCAAAGCCUACACCAACUUUGAUGCUGACCGGGAUGCUCUGAACAUUGAAACGGCCAUCAAGACCAAAGGUGUGGAUGAGGUCACCAUCGUCAACAUUCUGACCAACCGCAGCAAUGAGCAGAGACAAGAUAUUGCCUUUGCCUACCAGAGAAGGACCAAAAAGGAACUUCCGUCAGCGCUGAAGUCAGCCUUGUCUGGCCACCUGGAGACGGUGAUUCUGGGCCUAUUGAAAACACCUGCUCAGUAUGACGCUUCCGAGCUGAAGGCCUCCAUGAAGGGGCUGGGGACUGAUGAGGACUCUCUCAUUGAGAUUAUCUGCUCAAGGACCAACCAGGAGCUGCAGGAAAUUAACAGAGUCUACAAGGAAAUGUACAAGACUGACCUGGAGAAGGACAUUAUUUCCGACACAUCUGGUGACUUCCGCAAGCUGAUGGUUGCUCUCGCCAAGGGUAGAAGAGCAGAGGACGGCUCUGUCAUUGACUACGAGCUGAUUGACCAGGAUGCCCGGGACCUCUAUGACGCUGGAGUGAAGAGGAAAGGCACUGACGUGCCCAAGUGGAUCAGCAUCAUGACUGAGCGGAGCGUGUGCCACCUCCAGAAAGUAUUUGAAAGGUACAAGAGCUACAGCCCUUACGACAUGUUGGAGAGCAUCAAGAAGGAAGUGAAGGGAGACCUGGAAAAUGCUUUCCUGAACCUGGUCCAGUGCAUCCAGAACAAGCCCCUGUAUUUUGCUGACCGACUCUACGACUCCAUGAAGGGCAAGGGGACACGCGACAAGGUCCUGAUGAGAAUCAUGAUCUCUCGCAGCGAGGUGGACAUGUUGAAAAUCAGGUCUGAAUUUAAGAAGAAGUACGGCAAGUCCCUGUACUAUUUCAUCCAGCAAGACACCAAGGGUGACUACCAGAAAGCACUGCUAUACCUGUGUGGCGGGGACGACUGAGGCCCGAGGCAGCUCGAGUGUCCAGGAGUGGUGCUCCUGUGCUUCCAGCUAACGACUCUAGAGAAUCUGCUUGCGACUAAUAGCCCCCGUGCUCGUCCCCAUGAGGGUGAUGUUGGCAUUGCUCCUGCCCCACCUUAUUUCAGUUGCCCAAGCAUUGCCUGGCUUUCCCAGCUAGUCUCUCCUUUUAGCCAAAGAAAUGAACAUUCCCAGGAGUUGGAAGUUAAAUCUAUGAUGUGAAACACUUUGCCUCUUGUGUACUGUGUCGUAAACAGAUGAAUAAACUGAAUUUUUACUUUAGAACCAA